AGCUAAGGAGGUGGUGUUGCUGUGUAGCGGCGGGGUUUGGGACCUGUGUCGGAGCCGUUGCUUUGGGUGAACCGAGGGGCGCGGCCGCGGCGAGAGGAAGGAAGGUCCGUCGGUCCCAGCGUGGAGGGGCCUCCUGAGCUCGCAGGCCUCAGUGCUACCCUCGGCUCUGCUGCGCCCCGCGGGGGGCGACCGGUGGCAGCAUGGUGGAUGUGUUCAGCGGCCGGCUGCUGGUCAGCAAGGACGGGCGCAGCGUGGACCCCGAAGAGGCCCUGCAGAACAAAGUCGUGGGCUUGUACUUCUCCGCCGGCUGGUGCUCGCCGUGCCGCGACUUCACUCCCGUCCUCUGCGACUUCUACACGGAGCUGCUGGAGGAGACUCAGCCCACCGCCCCCUUCGAGGUCGUCUUCAUCUCCUCCGACCACAGCGCCGAGGAGAUGGCGGGCUACAUGCGCGCCAUGCACGGGGACUGGCUGGCCCUGCCCUUCCACGACCCCUACAAGCAUGAUCUGAAGAAGAAAUACAACAUAACAGCAAUUCCUAAACUGGUGAUUGUGAAACAAACUGGCGAAGUCAUUACUGACAAGGGAAGAAAACAGAUCAGAGACAAAGGGCUAUCCUGUUUUCGGAACUGGCUCGAGGGUGCAGAUAUCUUUCAGAACUUUUCUAGCUAAGAAGUUGGCAGCUGAAAGCAAGACAAGACAUCAUGGAAAACCUUUUAGAGCUCUGAAAGGAUAGUGCAUUGUUCACAACAAGAAGGAUAAGGCUUAUUUAUAUUUGCUUGUAAACAAAACUUGUUUUCAAUUUCUAGAUUAGCUAUUCCAGUAAGUCAUAAAAUGCAAUUAUUGUUUAUUUGUAUUGUUCUAUCUACUAUAUUCAGGAUGAACCAAAGCAUUCCUGAUAAUACUGAAGAACUUCAGGAGGAUAGGCUGGUUUAGACAGUAAUAAAGGAGCACUGUGAAAUCUAUGCAAACACUUACUUUGCAAAAUCUUUACAGUGAAAAUUAUAUUUAUGCACAAAUCUAUCUUUUUAAUGACAAUUUUUUUCCGGUGAUUAGCACAUUUUGUUAAGAAAAGGAAAUCCUUUGCUUUAUUAAAGAACUUUAUGAAGGAUAUGU